ACUGGCUGCGAGAGCUACGUUUUUUUCUGUAGUCAAGCUGUAUAUAUAUACACGUACAUACGCACACACACGCACACACACACACGCACACACACACACACACACAUAUACAUAUACACACACACGCAUACACACACACACACACGAGAGCGCGUUAUUUAUUGCCAAUUUGAUCAUGGAUUUGCUGAAUUACGCAACUAUUUUUCGCUUAGUUGAGUUUGUUUAACGCCGGCUCGUUGACUUUCUUUCUUUUAGGGAGGGUUUUUGCAUUCUGCAUUAUUCUUUUCGAUAUGGUUUCCAGAGUUUAAAUGAUAUUGUCGUCCAGCAUUUGGACAGACGGUGGUACGCUAUUGGUCGCGGAAUGCGCGCUCAGUAUUCGUGAUAGGCUUCUUUAAAUUUGGAGAACCUUUUUCUUUUAUUUCUUUAAGAUAUUAAGAAAACGUAUUUUUUUUUACUUAUACAACUAUUUGGAGACGAUUGAGUAUUGUUCGUUUUUUAUAUGUGAGAGAAGUAUAGGUGAUAUGAUGUAAUGUAGAAGAUCAUAAUGGGACGGCGAUUGAAUCAUUGUGUACCAAUGAAAAUAUAACAAAACUUGGAAAUAUGGAUCUCCUACACAAGAGAGACUUUAUGGCGUCGCCUUACAGAUCGGAACGAGAAAAGCUCAUCUCUAUCAAGCGAUGGAAUGUCAGAAGAUUCUUUAAGUUGCUGGACUCGUUAGCAGAUUUUUUAGAGAGCGACAAGUGCUAUCGGCUUGCCGACAACUAUCUUAUAGCAAUGGUGUUCACGUACUUCUUGAGGGCGUCACUCGAACCGGAUGAAUACACACAGCAAAAUUUCUUUGCGGCACUAUUUCUUGCCUACAAUAUGGAGGAGGACGAGGGUGAGUUUCUGCUGGCGGAGCUCGAGGACUGGCUUGACUGUACCGUCGCUGACCUCAAGCAGGUGCGAUACGAGCUGUUCCAACGGGUGGAAUACCGGGGCGCAGUGUCGCGCGCCUGUUGCGAUAUUGUCAUGCGUUCCGCGAACCCGGAGCACAAGGUUUGGCAGAGGCGUCGUCACAUCUAUCACUCCGGAAUCGUCAGUAAGAAAACCUGGUAUAAUGAUGGGGAAAAGACCGUUUGUCCUGUGUGCAACGGUUAUGAUAGCGAGGAGGAAGAUUACUAUUAGAUGACAGAACAGAGACUGAUACUCAUAGCGUGAACAAUGCAGUGUAAAUAAAACGUUACUUUUAUUACUCAAAAGUGUAAAAAUACAUUGUUGUAAAUUCAUAUUUUACGUUUUAUCGUAUAUAAUAUAUAGUGAUGAUUAAAAAAAGAAUAUAAUGUACUAUGACACUUGGUUGCUAUCUGGCACUAAAUUGUACAUACAUGGCAGAUACACUACUCUAAAGUUAUGAAUAAAAAAAAGCUUUUCAAAAAUAUACACUCACAGUCCGAAAUAAUAUAUAUAUA